AUGUUCAAACUGUCCAGCCUGUCAGCAGCCAGCUCCGAUAAGGGGGUGCAAAUUGAAAUUAAUGAGGAGCUGAGCCUGAAGGAGUCGGAGGGUUGGGCAAUUGAUGCUGAUGAGCAAUCGAUUGAUCUUGUCCUGUCCAGUUUGCUGGGUCUGACCAAUAAGAACAGCCCGGAUUGGCACACUUCCUCCCACAAGUUUGAGAAGCCGACGACAAUGGAAGACACCAAACUGCAGCAUCCUAUUCACCUCAAACCAGAACCAACAGACCGUCGCAGACUGAAGACCAUCGGCCUAUUCCUACUCACCAGCCUGCUCCUCCUGACCUUCAACCACACCUCACACUUGGACUCAUCCAAGCUCAGUAAUUUUUUCAACCGAUUAUUCCGCCAUCGUGUAGACAAACCAGACCAUCAUGACUACGACAAGUUCGUCUGGCACAAGGACAUCCUGUCUGACUGGGACCCCAACUCAGAACAUCGGCUGAUCACUUUCGGUGAUAUCCAUGGCAUGGUCGAUUCAUUAAAGGAGCUCCUCAAAAAAUUGAACUACGACCCUCAAACAGAUACGCUACUUCUCGUCGGCGACCUGGCUGCCAAGCACCCGAGCAUCCAAGCCUCCUUGGACACAAUUCGCUACUGCAGAGAGUCCAAAGUCGAGGCGGUACGAGGGAACCAUGAUGAAUACAUCAUCAUCUGGAGGAACUGGAUGAACGUCAACCGGGUGAAAUUUGUCGAGCCGGACCAGCUGCUCGCUUACGAUUCUGAUGACCAAGCCAACCUCCAAUCUGACCGUUGGCUCCAAGCCCCCGAGCCUCCUCAAGAGCUCAAGAAGAAUCUCCCAAAAGGAAUGGACUGGGGUACCCAACACUUCGAAAUUGCUCGCCGACUGCCCAAGAUCGAUUUUAAUUGGCUCCUGGAGCGAAGUCUGACAAUCUAUGUCUCCCCCCUGAGGUCAUACUUUGUCCAUGCUGGAAUGCUGCCUUGGGUCCCGCCCACCGAAUCCAAGGCGGAUGCAGCACGGGAGGUCAUGUCCUUACUUGGGCUGAAGGAGAACAAAGAGUCCUAUACGCUUUUGGAGAUGCGAGGGCUCAAGAAGGGCCGCCGGCCGACGAAAAACGCGAACAAGGGCAAGCCGUGGUACAAGUACUGGAACAAGACGAUGCGGACCUGCGACCAGAGCUCGUCGACCGGCUCAUCCGCCCGGGCCUGGUGCGAGCGCACCCAGUACGUCGUCUAUGGCCAUUGGGCCGGCAAGGGCCUCACCGUCAAGCCUUGGUCCAUUGGCCUCGAUAGUGGUUGUGUCUACGGCCGCCAGCUCUCUGCACUCGUCGUCGGUAAACCUCGUCCGUCACUUACCAAAAAACACAAAGGCCUCCUCAAACCUAUCCCAGUCCAAAUAUUCAACCACAACGCCACAAUCUUCCAAGUCAACUGCCGCGAACCCUAA